AAAGAGGGUCUUGCCAUUUUGAAAGGAGAGGUAUAAAAGGGAGAUCAAUUUCCCCCUUUUCGAGCUAUGGUGAGUUGCUUCCACGGCAAAUAUACCAAACCGGUUCGUUUGUAACAAAUCGUAUAAUAUGACAGAUACAACUACUCUUAAGGUUUCCACUGUGGUCACCCUGAUCCUCUCGGUGUAUGCCAACAUCCGUUAUUUGGUGGGGCGCAACCCAAUCGACGAUGAUCCAGAGAAGGACCCAUUCUUUAGGGUUGGUUUCACCCCAUUUACAGCCAAUUUGUUGGUGAUCCUCAUUUAUUGGGGUGCCACACACAUUUUGCAGUUGGGAUUCAUUGCGCAGUUCUUCUUCCCAGAGGAGACAAACUCACAGUCCCAAUCUUCCAACCCAGCUGCGAAUGCACUGGGUGCCAUUACAAACUUCUCGAGGGUCAAAACGGCAACGAACGUUGGUUGGUCUUUGAACAUCUUUAACUUUUUACACUUUGCCUGGAGUUUACUGUUUGCCCACGGCCAUUAUAUCCUCUCUGAGCUGGUUCUCAUUGCCAAUUUCGUCAACAUUUUGGCCUUGUACACCUCGCAGAAACCAUGGAAAAUCAGAAACCUAUCUCAGAUCUUUUUGAUUCACAUGCCAGUUGCAGCUUUGCCAUUCUCAUGGUUGUUCUUUGCAAUCUUUUGGAACGGCGCUGUGAUUGUUGGUUCGCAAUCGUUGGCUGCUCGUAUCGUUGCCAAUGUUUUCAUCUGGAAUUUCCUGUUGGUGCCAACCUUCUUCUUAGCAAUCUAUAGGGAUUGGUCCAUUGGACUGUCAUCAUCCGCAUUAAUGUUGGGAUUGGGUCUUGGUCAGUUAUUCACAAAGGUUUUCGCUCUUCAGUGGAUCUUUGCCUUUGCCAUUUCAGGAUUUUUGUUCCUCGCAUCGAUUGCAGUGCUCAGUGCCAAUCUCACUUCUGAUAAUGGGUCAUCUACUGAGAAUGCUCCAUUGAUCAACAACUGAGGAUGUGGUUGAAAACACACCCAACUUAUACCUAUAAUAACACAAAGCUUAAGAAAUACGUUCUAACCAUUUCACAAUGACUUUUGUCUACCUUGUAAUUUCAUUCAUUGUGGGUUUCGUUGGAUUUUGAUCCACACGGAUUGGCC